AUGCUGGUGGAGCAAAUGGACUCAGAGAACAGCAAUCAGGUGGUUCAAGUCAGUGAACCCUGGGUACAAGCGCAGUCGGCUGAGAAUGGUUCAAUCCUGCUCAGUCAGGUUCUUCGUGCAUUGACAAACCUGCCAGAGACUAACAGUGGAGCAGUGGCUGUAGCUAAUCUGGCGCAGCCUCAGAAGUCUAAAUCGGUGGUUGUUGGUCAAGCCAACCUGCCUACGUCGCAGACAGCUCCAGUGUCUCAAACGCAUGUUUUGAUUCCAGUUUCGGCGCUGAGUUCGAACAGGAGUCUGGAGGCUUUGGGUGCCACGGUGAAUACGCGGCCGCUUCUGUUGCAGACGACAAGUGUCCCGCCGACACCCACCACCUCGACGCCUGCACAGACACCGUUGUUGAGCAGUAUUCAGAUGCCGACUGCAGUUCCGAUGCCGAAUGGCGGUUUGUCACGAGUUGGAGCAGUGAAUAGCGUGCUUCCGGCAGCUCUGGUGAACAGUACAACAGCCAAUCUGAUCGCCCAGCUAGCGAACUCGGUGUCGGCGGGUAUGCUGACGGUGGCGCAGUCGUCUCUGUUGACGCAUCCCCAGGACGUGUCGUCCACCCUGACAGAACUUGGUCAACUUCUGGCCACAAUAAGUAGCCUCACCUCGACUCUGCGCACUUCUCUGGACACACUCAUCAGCAUGACUUCUGUUGACUCCAAUGUACUGACCAGUACGUCAACGUCCAUUUCUACGACUGUGACACCACCACCGCCGCCGGUUGCCCCUCUCCCAACUGGCCGCUUAAUCACCCUUCGCGUGAUUCCCAACGGCAGCGGUUCAAAUUUUGUGGGCUUUCAACCUACCAUGAUGAAGACACCGUCGACUGUCUCGUCAGAGAGCAGGUCAUCGGAGGUGAUAUCGGAGGCCAAGCCCUCUAAUCCGACGUGCGAUGUUCCUGCGGUCGCCCAAGUGCAGCCUGCUUCCGGAGUGAACACGACGGAUUCAGGGGUUGUGAACCAACUUCCAGCAGCUUCUACGCCUCCUCCUCCGCCGCCGUCGUCAGCAGUUGCGGUAAAGCCUGUUGUGAACUCCCGAAAGCGUCCCCCACCGAUAGCUAGUAAGGUGUCGGAGGGGGCAGAAAGAAGCCCAUCGAAGUCGGUUAGUCCAUUGUCGGAGGAGGCGGUGACCUCCGUCCCUGUCAGCAUUCUGAAUGUUGUGACGUCCGGUUUGUCAGUCAGUACGGCGGCGAGCUCUGGGCGAACUGAUGAGCGGACUAACACGACAGAUUCAAAUGUGACGGUGCCGGAGGAGACUGAAGAGGUGACGCAACCGUCAACCGUGUCAACCCCACAUCCCAUACCCGAGGCACACAAAUUGGCCGCGGGUGUUUCGGCGGUCUCUAAUUGGGCCUACAAGAACCUGUACAUUUGUCCGAUGGAGGCUUGCAGGAAGAGUUUUGUAAGACGGAGUAAGCUUCGUGAUCACCUCUGUGGCCACACCGGUGAACGACCAUAUGUUUGUGCGAUCUGCAAAGCGACAUUUGUUCGUGUCAACGACCUUCGUCGACACAGUUACUCUCACUUCAGCGUGAGGAGGGCGUUCCCUGGUUCUUCAUCUCUCCCCCCCGUCUCAUAAAGUGCCCUGGACCGUACCACUGGUAAGUUGCCUUUUAAUGGCAACGGAAGUUGAAGUGUCGGCACUGCAACAGAAGUAUGCAGUAAUGCUCAGUUCAACUCUAGGUGCCGCUAUUUCUGGCCAGAUGUCGAGUAAGCGGCCGCUCUGCAGAAUUUGUUUAUGCAAUUCCCGUGAUGUUUGUUGAAUGCGAGCUGUAUACUGUUGUUGAUAUUAUGUGCAUUUUGGGUUAGGCGUUAUUGAUAGUGGAAAUGGGUACGUGGAUUACGGGCUUGGCCCCACGACGCCUGAAUAUCUGUAGCGGAUCAGAGCUACUUGCUGGCAGCUUGUUGGGACCCGCCGCAGACGCUUAGGCCAGUUCCUAAUACGAGCUUUCUACUCACACAUCGACUUGCCUCGUCUUUGUGCUCAUCCAACCAGCGUGUACAGUCCGUUAGGAGCAUAUCCUGUCAACUGCGUCGACUUGGUUGGUAAAACGGCCCAGAAUGGCAAUGUUGCCUUCACCACCAGUCUGUCUUAGUUCUUUUUGUUUGUUUUACGCUAAGUUCGCACUUCAACUUCUAACAUUCUCAGCGUUAGCAACACGACCAUUGACAAGAAGCCCUUAGAAUUGCAAUGUGCACUUAGUGUGACCUUUUUUUUAUUCGGGAGCCUACCUUGGCCGUACGCAACUUACGAUUAUUUCAACGUCUAAGUACCAGGUUCCAGAGCUCGCGCCAAAGACGUUUCUGCGCGAUCAUCGCCUAAUGCUCUGUUUGCAUCUUAUAGAUAUUGCCUAGGAUGUGCGUCAAGUGUAAUGAGAAUAUGUUGGUAAACAUUUUCGGUUCGUUAAAAUAAUCUGUACGCCGUAAAGACUGCCGUUCGAUGCAGAAAGCAACACUUCAGAUGCCUGCUCUGGUGCUUUUAUUCUGGAUUCAGAACUAGAACUCCAUGACCAAUUAGAACCCAUAAAGGCAUCUUAAACCUCCAAAGCCGUCUUGUCGGGUUUGCACGACAUCGCAAUGGGUCUCGCGAACGCUUUUGUGUGAUUAUAGCCUCAUGGUAGUUUAACCCUAAAACAUGUACCGAAUAAGGUUCCCGAACUGUCCACUCGACCUAGGAUAGUGUCCUUAUGAGCCCUCUAGGACAUCUUUCCUGUAGAUCAGAUUCGGGUCCCAUGAUGUUUCGUUCUUGCAUGUGGGAAUCGUCACGUUUGUAGCACGUGUAGACGUGUGGGCCCAGCCACCGCGUCCACGCUCGUCCCCGGUCAUGUCAUUGGGGUCUGAAUGGACUCGGAAGAGAGAGAAUAGAGGGAAUGUUGCGAAAGUCUGCUUUGCUGCUCGCCUAGGUCAACACUGACACUUCGAUUAAGUGAUAAUCAUUGUCACUUGCAACGGAAGAACUGUCUCAACAGUGAGGAGAGGUUCGUUGUUGCUCUAACUCUGCACUCCGUGACAAUUCCUCCCCGAAUAACGUUGUCUGCACUUCACGCAUUGCAGUCGUCAAGACUGACAAGAUGGUUUGUCGUCAGUAUAGUUGCUAUGCUGGAGUGCAGAUUGUUACGACUGGUCCUAGCACUGGCGAAUCUGCUCUGGGAGACUGGUUGGUCAUUAGGUCGUUCCUGUGACGCCUGCGCCAUGCCACUCCUCCUCCUGCCUGCCAGCCCAGAAGGACGUGCGUCUCCACCCAACUUCAAUAAGUCCUUCCCCCCCCUCCUAUUGUGGAAAAUGAGUCUCGCAGAGGAACCAUCAUGCGGCGUCUGUCAGCGGUCCUGUAUGGGCGCUUGUCCGUUGGGUUAUCCAAAAGACAACGGACAUUCCAGGCUACUGGCGCCGGAAUUCGGUGGUGGUGGUGGUGGUGGUGGUGAUGGUGGUGGUGGUGGUGGUGGCGGCGGUGGUGGUGGAUCUUAUCAGCCAUCCGGCCGCGACGUCAGUUUACAGUUCCAAGAUCGUACUGGACGGCUAUAA